GAGUUAACCGAAGAAGAACAACAGGGUUUAGCAGCUCACAAUGAAUUUCGACAAAUACAUCACGUUCCUGCGAUGACACUAGAUAGACAAAUGUGCGAUGAGGCUCAUCAGUACGCCAAGCGGCUUGCACGUAUGGGUCGGCUUGAGCAUUCAAAGGAUAGAGAAAGAGAUGGACAGGGAGAAAAUCUUGCUAUGGGAUGUUCAUCAGGUGCUUCGCCGCAAAAUGUGGAGCAAGCCGUGAACAGCUGGUGGGCUCAGUUUUAUUUCUUAGAUCAAUUUUCCGAAGGGUUGUUGACAUCUUAAUGAAAUAUUCCAAAGAUAGAUGUCAGUGAUCGGGGUAAAAAAAUCUCAUCUCAAGGACUUAUUAUAACAACCUUGACUACAUUUUUAAAAACUUUAUCCUGAAAUACUCCGCAUCAGCAUCUAAAAAAAAUUAUAUGCGACGGUACUAAACGAAGAAUUCUGCACCAGAGAGUUACUUAGAACAGAGAACUUAUUUUAGAACCAGUUUGGAUUGAGGAAUAUGAAGUUAGGGGCUUCAAGUGUGAAGAUUCCAUCCCUUAUUACGGGCGUUUAUUCCAAAUAGGGCAAUGCAGAGGAUUUAGUCAAAUGAACUCGUUUCGAAGAGUUUCUCCAUUGUGCCUUUUCUAUCAGUGCUUCGUCCUUUAAAUUCGCACGCUGUCUUUUUUCUUAUUAGCUUCUUUUGAGCUCUCCUACGAAAUAAUACAAUCUCCACCUGCGUUACCACCAUGCAGGAACAAUGUGUUUGAUGGAUUGUGACAAUUUAACGUCGCUUCAUUUGAAAAGAACACAGUUUUUGAGAACUCUGAGCACUGCAAAAUUGGUAGCCCAUACCAUUCGAUAUUCAUUUAGCUUCUCUCCUUCCCCUGAUGAGUGUAAGUUGGUAAAUAUAAUCGCCAGUUGAUGAUCAGGUACCCACGAUACACGUGCUUGUACCAGGAGAACAAAAAUAAUGCUAUCGCUGGGUCAAAAAAGCAUCACUGAAAGGCGUGGCGUUUCUCCGUACCAUUCCCUUCUUACCGUUACUCAAUUAACCAGCUUCUUUUUUCGUUUCAUUCCCCCUACCAAUUUAGGAGCAGUUUUUUUCCGGAGCUAAUUAAAUGAUAAAAAGUGGUCCAUGAUAAAAAUUUUUAACCUAAAAAUCUGCCUUCGCAAAUCACAUAUUUUGCUUUUUCUGUUUUUGUACUCUUUCUCUAUUAUCUUCCAGGUACAACGAGGUCUGUCGUCCAGGAUAUAGCUUUUAUACCCCCUCCUUCAGCGGUGGGACAGGCCAUUUCACUCAGGUAGUGUGGAAAGAAAGCAUUUUUCUUGGUAUUGGACAAGCUUCAGGGGAGAAAAACGGCAUGAAAUGUACUUAUACUGUGGCUAGAUAUAAACCGGCUGGGAACAUUUUCGGAGAGUUUUCCGAAAAUGUGCCAAAAGGAAACUUUGAUAAGGAAAGCUAUUGUGCAUCAGUUAAGAGA